AUGGUCGUUACAACGGAGGGGGAGUUCAUGACCAGGGAUGGCACAAAGCUCUAUACGAAAUCAUGGAAGCCUGAAUCCGCCUCUGCUAUUCCAGCCGGAUUAAUCUUCAUCCACGGGUUUUCGGACCACAUCAACGCAUACUACAACUUCUUCCCCACCCUGAGCUCGUUCCCAUUCAACAUCGCCGUUUACGCCUUCGACCAACGAGGUUGGGGGCGCAGUGUUUCCAAACCCUCGGAUUCCGGCCUCACAGGACCGACUCCGGUCGUCCUAUCUGAUAUCCACGACUUCAUUCUGCACGUGUCUUCCCUGCCCGAAACCCAAGGCCUCCCUUUAUUUCUCAUGGGCCACAGCAUGGGCGGCGGCGAAGCCCUCUGCUACAUGCUCUCGACCUCCGCGGCCCUAACUCAAUCUCGAUGUAGCAUUUCUGGUCUCCUGCUAGAGUCGCCCUACAUCGAGCUCGACCCGUCUGAACAACCAUCCUUCCUCAAGGUAUCCGCGGGAAAACUGGCAGCCUUGCUCCUCCCGCACGCGCAACUAAAACAAAAACUCAGUCCGACAUAUAUGUCGCGCGAUGCGAAAGUGCGACAAGAUUGGGUCGACGAUCCAUUGUGCCAUGACACAGGAACGCUUGAGGGUUUGAAUGGUCUCCUUCAGCGCGCGGCAGACUUGUCGUCCUUGUCCCACGGACAUAAAGUCCACGGCUUCAGCACCUCUGUAUCUUGUCCCAUCUGGUUCUCGCAUGGCAGUGGGGACAAAGUUACUUCACCUGUGGCUGCAAAGCGGUUGUAUGACGUUUUGCAGGCACGGGGGGGUGAUAAGACGUUUCAAUCGUAUCCUGACGCAUAUCAUAAGUUGCAUGCCGAACCGGAUGGGAUGGGCGAGCAGUAUGCGAAAGAUGUGGCAAUGUGGAUUCUAUCUCAUUCAAAUAAAGGAAACGAUGAAGCGGCCAAGGUUGGUCCAUGA